AUGGGAAAGCAAGUUGAGUGUGCAACAUUGUUUGCCGAAACAACACCACGGCAGUCACUUCCAGAUAUAUCACAGGCGAUAGUAAACGAGCAUCAGCAUCUGACGCAGACUCUCGAAUACAAACCAGGAUGGUCGUUCUAUUUAGUGCUCGCCGGUGUGGUCACUACUCUCGGCUCCUCGCUGCCUGUUGGGUACAACAUUGGUGUAGUGAAUACACCUGCAGAGGUUAUCAAGACAUUUUGCAAUGAAAGUUUUGUAAGCCGCUAUAAUUUACCUCUAGACGAGACAUGGCUCAACGUCCUUUGGUCUUCCGUAGUGUCUAUAUUUAUAAUUGGCGGAUGUACUGGAUCCGUGCUCGGUUCCGUCCUGGCGAACAAACUUGGCAGGAAGAAUGCAACUAUAGUGACAAGUGCCUUAUCUAUUGCUGGUGCGCUGUUAUUUCUGCUGUGCCGUGCAGCUAACUCUGUUGAAAUGCUCAUUGUUGGAAGGUUACUGGUCGGUUUGUCUGCUGGGCUAACAACAAGUAUCGUGCCCAUGUACCUUACGGAGUUGUCCCCAUUGAGACUAUCUGGUGCGAUGGGUGUCGCCUGUCCAAUGGGUGUCAAUGUGGGCGUCUUAGUCGGCCAGGUUAUGGGGUUGAACUUCUUUUUGGGCGGCGUCGACGACUGGCCUUAUCUUCUAUCCGUCUACGCGAUGCUAGUCAUUAUUUGUUUACCUGUAUUAUGUAUUUUACCAGAAAGUCCAAAGUACCUGUUUAUUAUUAAGAGAAAUGAAGUUACGGCGGUAAAAGAGCUGAGCCGGCUGCGCGGCGUGUCGCAGAGCGUGCUGCGCGACGAGCUGGACGCGCUGCGCGAGGAGCGCGACGAGCGGGGCGGCGCGGGGGCGGGCGCGGGCGCGGGGCGCGGGGAGGGGCGCGCCUGGAGCAUGGCGCGGCUGCUGGCGUCGCGCCGCCUGCGCCUGCCGCUGCUGCUGCUGUGCGCCGCGCAGGCCGGCCAGCAGACCAGCGGCAUCAACGCGGUGUUCUACUACUCGCAGACGAUCUUCAAGCAGGCGGGGCUGACGGAGGCGGGCGCGCAGUACGCGACCAUCGCGUGCGGGCUGGUGAACGUGUGCACGGCGGCGCUCAUGCUGCGCCUGCUGCCGCGCGCCGGCCGCCGCCCGCUGCUGCUCGCCUCCUCGCUCGGCGCCGCGCUCGCGCUCGCCGCACUCGCCGCCGCCAUGACCGCCAUCGAUACAGUUUCGUGGAUGCCUUAUGUGUGUAUGAUCACAGUAUUAUUGUACGUCCUAGUCUACGGGUUCGGUCUAGGGCCCAUACCGUAUUUUAUAGGUUCGGAGAUGUUCGAAGUGGGUCCCCGGCCGGCGGGCAUGGCGUGGGGCUCGCUGGCCAACUGGGGCGGCAACUUCCUCGUGGGCAUGUGCUUCCCCACCAUGCGCCGCGCCAUCGGCCCCUACUCCUUCCUCGUCUUCUCUGCCAUCACCGCCGCACUCUUCCUUUUCAUCAGGUCGUACUUCCCGGAGACGCGUGGCAGUACGCCGGCGCAGGUGACGCAAAAGUGCGCACACGGCUUGCGGUCGAGGCCACUCAGUCCGCAACACACGCCCGUCUGA